CAGCGGGCCAGCGCGUCUAGCUAGCUCAAAGUGCCACGACUUCACACAGACCUCCGUUACUUAGACGGACCAAAGCAGAGACUCGAAUAAUAUAAAAUAUAUUGAAAUAUUGAGUUUCUUUGAAUUAAUACAUUUACUAGUAAUCACGUGUGUGUUCUUUCUCUCAUUUGAAGACCUCUAGCAACCUCAGCGGUGAUAUAAGACCAAGCAAAGCAUCAUGAUGGAUAUCUAUGACCCCCAGACCCUGGGUGUCAUGGUGUUUGGUGGCUUCAUGGUGAUCUCGGCCAUAGCCAUCGUGCUGGUUUCAACCUUCUCCAUGAAGGAGACGUCGUACGAGGAAGCCCUGGCCAAGCAGCGCCGCGAGCUGGGCCAGAUGCAGCCUCCGCGCCCUGACAGGAAGAAGAAGGACAAGGCCUCUGAGAAGAAGAACAGAGGGAAGAAGAAGGAGGACAAGCCCAACGGGAAACUCCCUGAGGUGGACCAAGUCUCUGAGGCGGAGCUCGUCCCCGACCCUGCCCCAGAGCCUGCCCCAGAGCCAGUCGCUGUCAUCCCAGCCCCUGAACCUACCUCCGCCCCUGCUCCUGAGCCCCCUGCUGCCCACCUCAAGACCCCUACUGCUGCCCCCGUAGAAGCCCCGCCUGCUCCCUCCCCAAAGGAGAAGAAGAAGAAGGAGAAGAAGGGGGCUAAAGUGGAGCCAGCCUCCUCCCAAUCUGCUCCUGCCCCUUCAAAAUCAGCCCCUGCCCCCCCUAAAUCCACGGCUGCCCCUGCCCCCCAGAAGUCUUCCCCUACCCCAGCCCCCCAGAAGUCUACCCCUUCCCCAGCCCCCCAGAAGUCUACCCCAGCCCCAGCCCCCCAGAAGUCUACCCCAGUCCCCCAGAAAUCUACCCCAGCCCCCCAGAAGUCUACCCCUGCCCCAGCCCCCCAGAAAUCUACCCCAGCCUCCCAGAAAUCUACCCCUACUGCUCCCCAGAAAUCUGCCCCCGUCCCUCAGAAAUCUGCCCCCGUCCCUCAGAAAUCUGCCCCCGUCCCUCAGAAAUCUGCCCCCCCCCCCCAGAAAUCUGCCCCUGCCCCCCAGAAAUCUGCCCCCGCUCCUCAGAAGUCUACCCCUGCUCCCCAGAAGUCUGCCUCUGCCUCCCAGAAAUCGGCCCUGGUACUGGAGGCCGUUACUAAGGACGUGCCCGUGAUGGCUGUGCCACCUGUGGGCUCCCAGCAGGCUGGGCCGGUUCCUGCAGGCUCCGCCAAAGGCCAGCUCAAGGGAGAAGCCUCCUCUAAGAAGAAGGCCUCUUCCAAGAAGAAAGCGGAGCCCGUGGCAGCCGCGGAGCCGGGCGCGGACGCUCCCCUGCAGCUGCCCUACAAGGCCCUGGUCUCCGCCGUCAGCAGCAUGGCAUUCAGCGAGGGCGAGGCCCAGCGCCUCGUCGAGAUCCUGUCCGACCGGGCCGGCGUGGUGCACGGCACCUGGCACACGGCCACACAGAAGGGGGACCCAGUGGCUGUGCUUAAGAAGCAGCUGGAGGAGAGAGACAAACAGCUGGCUGCCGAACAAGAGGACAUGGCCGCCACCAAGAACCGUUUCAGAGAAAUCAACAAGGAGCUGCUGGCCGAGAAGGCCAAGGUGGCCACGGUGGAGACCAGGCUGAGCUCCCAGCUGAGCAAGCGGGAGCAGGAGAUGAUCGCCCUCCAGGCGCGCAUGCAGGCCAGCUACCAGGACCACGUGGGGCAGACCCAGAGGCUUAACGCCAAGGUGGUGAGUCUGCAGGAGCAGCUGGAGAAAGGCCCCAGCGCCCAGCUGACCCGUCUGCAGCAGGAGAACAGCAUCCUGAGGGAAGCCCUCGAAAAAUCCAACAGCCAGGCGGAGAGCGUACUCAACGCGGAGCUGGCCCAGCUGCGACAGGACUGCGCCAAGCUGAGCCAGGAGCUGGGGGAGAGGAAGGAGAGCCAGCAGGCUGACGAGCACCUCAGGACGGGCCUGGAGGCCAAGCUGUCGGCCGCAGAGCAGCAGCUGUCCCAGCUCCAGGCCAGCGGGGCGCAGAGUGAGCAGGCACUACAGGGCAGGCUGGAGGAGGUGUGCGAGGAGCUGCGGAGCGCCCAGAGAAACAGCGGCAGCCUGCAGGCCCGUCUGGAGAACGCCCAGCAGGACAACGCCGCCGUCUCAGAGCUCCAGGUCCGCGUGGGCAGGACGGAGGCUGAGCUGGAGGAGCGCUCCGCCCAGGUGCAGGCCCUGACGGCCCGGCUGGAGCAGGCGGAGGCGGAGAAGAGCCGGCUGGAGGAGCAGGUGGGCUCCAUCAACGCGCUGCUGGAGGCCAGCCAGGGGGGCGACCAGGACAGCCAGGGAAAAUCGGCAGAGCUGGAACAGCUGAAGCGAAGCAUGCAGGAGAGGGAGGGGGAGCUGGCAGCUGUGCAGGACGAGCUGAAGCAGCUCAAGAAAACGCAGCGGGAAGUGACCUCGGAGCAGGCUACCAGCAGCGAACACGCCGGCGUGGUGGCGUCCCUCGAAGACGAACUGAAACAACUCAGGGAAGAAAUGGAAACACUCAAAAACACACCUCAGUCAGAAGUGACACUACUACAGAACAGUCUGACAGAAAGGGACGCAGCCGUCACAUCACUACAGGAGGAGCUCAGAGAAGCAAGAGAACAAUCACAGACCGCCCACGACGGCGCGAUGACGCAGCUAAGAAUGUUCCAGAUGGAGACCAAAGAAACACUACAGACACUCUUCCCACAUGUAGAUGUGGAAUCAGAGCAGUCAAACUGGCUGCAGACAUUCACAGAGAAAGCACAGGAGGCUCUUGGGGCGCUCCAACCGAGCCAGGAGCCUCAACAGAGCACAGAGCUGCCGGAGCUCCUGGAGAAGCUCAAGGAAUCCGAGGAGAGCCGCGGAACUCUCCAGGCCGAGUGCGACCAGUACAGAAGCGUCCUGGCCGAGACGGAGGGCAUGCUGAAGGACCUGCAGAAGAGCGUGGAGGAAGAGGAGACGGUGUGGAAGGACAAGCUGGCCCAGUCUGGAGAGCAGCUGAAGGAGGCUCUGGAGAAGGUCCACACUCUGGAGAACACCGCAGAGAUGCUGAGGGCGGAAAACAGCAACGCGGAACAGUUGAAGGAGCAGCUGAUGCUUCUGGAGGCCCAGCUGGAGAAACAGUCGGACUGUUCCGUCCCAGACAGCCAGAGUCACUCAGAAGAGAUGACACAGCUGCAGCAAAUGCUGUGUGAGUCUCAGAGGCAGCUGGAGUCGGCCCAGAGGGAAGCCCAGGCCCAGAGGGAGGAGCGAGCGAUGGUCAGAGAGCAGCUGAGCGAGGCGACGGGGCGCGCUCCGAGAGAGGAGGCUCUCGGGCCACAGAACGGCUCGGCCGAGCCCAGUCAGGCGCAGUCUAAGCUGACCCAGACCGCAGAGAAGCUGCAGGGCGAGGAGGCGCUGAGACUGCAGGUGUUGGAGGAGUUCCAACAGGCUCAGAAGACCGUCUCUGACCUGCAGACUCAGCUGGACCUUCUGAAGGCUGCUGGGGACGUCCCUCAGGGGGACGUGGAGGACGUGGCCCAGCUGAAGCAGCGGCUGGAGAAGGAGAAGAAGCUGUCCAAAGACCUGGGCCAGGCGGCCACCAAGCUGCAGCAGCUCCUCAAAGCCAGUCAGGACCAGCUCGCCAAAGAAAAAGAGACAGUCCUGACACUACAGGGAUGCUUGGACGGCAAGGGAGAGAGUUUGGAACUGAAAGAAGGAACAUCUGUUUGAAUCUCAGGAGGACGCUACUACCCAACUGCCAAAAAUGCCUUAUGAUAACCAGUUCUGCAUUCCCCCCCCCCAAAAAAAACAACAACCUGUUCUUCUUUCUCGUACUGUAGUUGAUUGCAACUUCUCAAAGAAUCACACGCUUGUUCUGAACAUUUCAUACUGGGACGAAGGCACAAAAAUGAAACUAAUUUUCAUUUUUUAUCUACAUUCCAUCAACAAUUCUGGCUAUGUCAGAUGUUAUUAUCCUCUCUGCCUUCGAUUGUAAUGAGUCCCCUGUAGUUGUGUUUAAAGGGACCGUGUGUGCGUUGAAUGCACAUCAACCUGUGCAAUGACUUUGUAAAUGUCUAAUGCGUUUGAAUGAUGGGAACCGUAUAUGGCACACGUACGCUAUACAUUAGAGGUCUCCCGUCCUCUGGAUCUGGCUGCAAACACGUAGACAUUUGAUAAAUAAUAAACUAUGAUGAAGCUCAUAUGAUGCUUUAUUGUUGACUGGACAGUGCUUUUUUGGGGUGAAUUAUGGUAACAAACACUCAUGUUUUGAACAUUCUUACAACAUGGGAA